AUGGCCUCCAGUUUCAGUGUGGGGAAUCACACCAGCUCUAAUCUGAGUGAUCAUUUCUACUUCUACAGCAAGAAUGUGUUUGCUGUCUGCAGUAUCCUCCUCUUGCUCCUGGGCAUGCCAGGAAACAUCUUGCUGCUCUUGGUUCUAAUCCGAGGUCUCUGGAGAAAAAGUGGCGGCCACAUUGCACGCCUGACUGAGCCCCUGUUCAUCAGCAUUGUGGCUCUCGACCUCCUGUUCUUCCUCUCCAAUAUCCCUGUGUUGUUUGCCAGCGCCAUUUUUAAGGAGGGAAAGAUGAGCCACCUGUUGUGUGUCAUCAACCACAGCCUGAACCUGUGGAUCUCCUUUGCUGACUUCUAUAGCAUGGUGGCCGUCUCCCUGCUUCGCUAUGCUGCCGUCAUCCACCCCAUGUGUGUGAUGCCUGUUUCUCCCAAGCAAAUGGCUCUGCUUUGUGUGUUCAUCUGGGUGCUUUGCCUCUUAUUAUCCAUCCCACUUUGGAUUCACUAUGAGACCAUUCAUGCGAAGGGGGAAGCAGCCUGCGUGAACCAGACGGUGGGUAAGGAGAUGAACCUUUACCUACAGCUCCUGGGAGGGGUGGGAUUUCUGCCCCCAUUGCUGCUGAUGAUUUUCUGCUACUCAAGGAUCAUCUCCACCUUAAGGGCUAGGAGGGCACUCUCAAUACACACGGCCUCCAGCUUGCAAGUGAACUGGCGAGCUACAGUGAUGGCUUUGGUCACCAUGGCAGCACUUGUGGCCAUGUGGCUUCCCUACUGGCUGGUGAUCUUCUUUAUCAGUUAUGAGGAGUUCUUAACCACAGCCUCCAAGUACCUGGCUUAUCAUCUCAUCUCCCUCCUGGCCUUUGCCCGUCGCUGCAUUAAUCCCAUCAUCUGCUUCUGUCUCUCCUACCAGUUCCAAGCUAGGCUGAGGAACCUUUUUCAGGGGCUGCAGAAUGGAAAGCACCAACUUGGUGCUAUAUACAAGGGCGAGAUAGAAGUGCUGGGUAGCAUAUGA